AACUGUAACAGAUUGCGUUGCUUAUAUUUUGAUAUUUUGUAAAACAGUUAAAAAUUCAUUACAUCUUAGAAUGGACGGUUUGAUAGGAAGUUAUGGUGGUGUUAGUGAUGAGGAAGAAAUGGAGUUCGAAGAUGCUCCCAAAGUAGAGGAGCAGGAGGAACCUGAAAAUAACGAAAAUAUUGAAAAUAUUGAAAAUAUUGAAAUCGAAGAAGAGAAGUUAUCAGGAGAGGGAACAACACCACAGUCCGACACUUCAAUAAAUACUUCCGGGAAUUCCAACAAUGCACUCGGUCUGGUGUCUUACAACUCUCAUAGCCCAACCCGAUCAUCUGAAAGUAAGACGGCACUCACUUCGUUACUCAGCACAUAUGAAGACUUAGACAAAACAACAAAUGAGGACCGAAACGAAGAAGAGAUUGAGAAGCAAUAUGACGUCACUGUUGAAAACUCUGAUUCGGAGUCUGAUUCUGAAAAUUUCAUGGGCAAAGCAGAUGACGAAGGAAAUCCUAAAAUUCCCUCCGAAGCAAAAGGAAAAUGUUCAUCAAAACUUCAAGAAAAAAUCGCUUCGGAACUACUAAAACGUCGGAAGUUUGGAUACGAUUUCUGCAGUAGGAUGAGAGAUAACAAGGAAUUCAGGAAUCCUAGUAUUUACGAUAAGUUAAUCGAUAUGACGGGAAUCUGUGAAACUGGGACCAAUUUUACUGAUCCAACUUUGACCAAACUCUCGUGGCGCACUGAAUCCUUCUACAAACAAUUAGCAGAAAAACAACAGAAAGACUAUGACAGGAGGGAGUCAGAGCGGAAGAAGGAAGCUGCUAACGACCCUAAUUCAAAGAUAAAGCAAACUAUAAUUGCGGAGAAAAAGAAAGAAACCAAGUGGGACGAGAAAUCAAUGAGUGGUUCUGCAAAGGACAAACAACUCAAAGCUCAGUUGAUACAGGACAAAUUAAACAAACAGUUGAUGGCCAGAAAUAGCUGAGAAUCCUGUCCACUUAAAUAUUUUGUUAAUUAAGCUUAUCAAGCCCUGUUGAGAUUGGGGUCACUGACUCAUAGAACACCCCCGUAAGGAAUUGUUAUUGUAUUUUUAAAACUUUAUAGCCCAACAGACUGUUAGUUAAGUGUCGGCAUGUUAGGCUGAAAGCUGAGUAAAAUUAGAAUUGAACAAUUAAAUCUUUAAACGUCCCUUUUAAUUCUUAUUUAAUGCAUCGAAAUUAAUGACUAAGGCUGAUAAUUGUGGUAUUGCUGAUGCUUUUGAUGGCUCCUUUUUGAAAAGUGAUUAAGUCCCUUGGAAUUAGUCAUUUUCAUUGAACGUUUCGGAAAUGAAAGAGUAAAAUGCGAUCGAUUUAUUAGAAAUUUUCAUGACUGAACAUGUUUAUAACAGAUAAUUCAGUUUUAUUUUAACUUACACA